AUGGAGAAGAGGGCUAGGAGCUCCUCCAGAGACGCCCACAGGAGAGGCAGCGGCUCCUCGCACAAGGAGAGCAAGAGGGCGAAGACAGACAGGGGCGGCCGGGGCCGCGGGCGCCGGGAUGCCGAGCGGGAGCAGCCGGUCCUCGGGCGGGUAGGGAGCCCGGGCGAGCCCCGAGCGCCGGCAGCCACUGUGGUGGACGUGGAUGAAGUCCGGGGCUCUGGCGAAGAGGGCACCGAAGUGGUGGCGCUGCUGGAGAGCGAGCGGCCCGAGGAAGGUACCAAGUCUUCCAGUUUAGGGGCCUGUGAGUGGCUUCUUGUCCUCAUAUCCCUGCUCUUCAUCAUCGUGACCUUCCCUUUUUCUAUCUGGUUCUGCAUAAAGGUUGUACAGGAGUAUGAGAGAGUAAUUAUAUUCCGACUGGGACAUCUGCUUCCUGGAAGAGCCAAAGGCCCUGGCCUUUUCUUCUUUUUGCCCUGCCUGGAUACCUACCACAAGGUUGACCUUCGUCUCCAAACCUUGGAGAUACCAUUUCAUGAGAUUGUAACCAAAGACAUGUUUGUGAUGGAGAUAGAUGCCAUCUGCUACUACCGCAUGGAAAAUGCCUCUCUUCUCCUAAGCAGUCUUGCUCAUGUGUCCAAAGCUGUCCAAUUCCUUGUGCAAACCACCAUGAAGCGUCUCCUAGCACAUCGAUCCCUCACAGAAAUUCUUCUUGAGAGGAAGAACAUUGCUCAAGAUGUAAAGGUUGCCUUGGAUGCAGUGACCUGUGUUUGGGGAAUCAAAGUGGAGAGAACAGAAAUUAAGGACGUGCGCCUGCCGGCCGGGCUGCAGCACUCAUUGGCGGUGGAAGCUGAAGCCCAGAGGCAAGCCAAAGUGCGGAUGAUCGCUGCAGAAGGGGAGAAGGCCGCCUCUGAGUCCCUGAGGAUGGCAGCCGAGAUUCUAUCAGGCACACCAGCCGCUGCUCAGCUUCGGUACCUGCACACCCUUCAAUCCUUGUCCACAGAGAAACCUUCCACAGUGGUUUUACCUUUGCCAUUUGACUUGCUAAAUUUCCUGUCUUCUCCAAGCAAUAGAACUCAAGGAGGCAUCCCCUUACCAAAUCCUUCCAAACCUGUUGAGCCACUGAAUCCUAAAAAGAAAGACUCUCCCAUGUUAUAG